AUGCCAGAAGGACAACCACAGUAUCCACCGCGCACCAUGUCACUGCCCAAGGGCACACCGCCUGGCUCGCCUGGGCCUGGCCGUUCCCCCUCGCCCACCGACUGGGGAGACGACAUUCCUGUCGUUUCUAUCGCCCCUGGGAGCCUGGGAGACGACCUCGUACCCACUGGCUUUGACGAGGCGGUGUUGAGGAGUCUAUGUGAGCUCGAUUGUGGUGUUCCAUUGCUCCUCGACCGAAUAAAACAAUCCAUGGUCUCGUGUCGGGAGGCAUCCAUCUUCUUCCGCAAACGCGCCGCACUCGAGGACGAGUUCGGGCGAGGACUGUUCAAGCUGGCGCGGACAACGACCGAGGUGUACGCGAUGAACGAUGGCAAGGCAGGCAGCUUUGUCAGCGCAUGGGCGAGCACGAUGAAGAUACACGAGAUCAUGGGCGAGUCCAGGGUGCGGUUUGCGCAGCGAUUGGCAGAAAUGAGCGACGAACUUGCGAGCCUGGCGAAAGAAGUCGAACGGAACCGGAAGAACGCCAAGGACCUCGGUGCGCGCUAUGAACGGGCGCUUCAGGAUGCGGAGACAGCGAUGGAAAAGGCCAAGGCAAGGGUUUCCGCGGUCACCGAGGAACUCGAGCGCGUUCUCGUCGCCAAAGAGGGCGAAACUAUGAGGGAUGCAGGCUUGCGAGGCGCCGAUGGAAGGGUCAUUGGCACUGGCGGGGCAGGCAAGGGUGCCCUGGGAAAAGCAGUCGCCAAAGGAGGUGCUCUGCUCAAAGGAAAGCCAGCGAGCUUGCAGAAGCAGGAAGAGGACAUUCGUGCCAGAUUGAGUAUGGCUUCCGACGGCUACCGCCAGUCCAUGCUCGAGACUCAAAAGAUCCGUCAAGAAUACUUCAACUUUCAGCUCCCCCGUAUCCUUCGUUCUCUCAAAGAAUGUGCGGACGAAAUCGACCUCGGCACGCAGUAUCAUCUCUCUAGAUACGCGUUUUUGCUCGAGAGCCCCGGGAUCAAGCUCACCAUCGAAAGCAUCGAUAAUCGCACCGACUUCAAGCUGUACAUGCAAAACUAUGCCGUCGCGCAUGGUGCACCCAAAGGGCCAAGGAGAGAAGGUCCUGCCGAAGACGGUUUCCUACCUCCCCUUCCAACACUCGACACUGUUCAAUCCCACCUAUCCACAUCCUCAUCAGUACACCCAUCCUCGUCUGUAUCUACAUCCACAUCCUCAGCACCCUCGGGCACGCCCACAUACCCACACGCCCAAGCCUACGGCCCCACUCAAGCAUUCCCACCACUCCAGCCUCAACCUCCUCCGGCACACACCCCCUCAUUUGGGAUCCCACUUGCUCAUUUGGUUGUCAGAGAUGGGACAGAGUGUCCAAAGGUCUUGACCAAGUGCGCCGAGACGAUUGAGAGACAUGGGUUGGAUAGCGUCGGGAUCUAUCGCCUGAGUGGGACGACGAGUCGGGUUAGGGAACUGAGAGCCGUGUUGGAUAAAGACCUCGAAACCGUGGAUUUGGACUCGAACGAAUGGUCAGGAGAUAUCAACAAUAUAACAUCAGUCCUCAAGAUGUGGUUCCGCGAGUUGCCAGAACCACUGAUGACUUGGGAGUUGUAUAGCUCAUUUGUUGAGGCUGCGCAGAUCGAAGGAGAGCGGCUGCGGAGUAUCCGACUGCACGAACACGUGAAUGCGCUCCCGGACGCGAACUAUUCGACGCUCAAGUAUCUGAUGGGACACCUGUACCGGAUAUCCGAGCGCGAACACGUGAACCAGAUGAGCCGGUCGAAUUUGGCGAUUGUGUUUGGGCCGACGCUGCUGGGUGCGCGGCGGGAAGACGGAGAGCUGGGAGCGUCUGUGCAGGACACGAGCUGGCAGUGCAAGGCGAUAGAAACGAUCUUGGACAAGUAUGUAGACAUCUUUGUCGAUCAGCAGAGGCGGCUGUUGAAGGGUUGGAUCACGACGACCGCGCAACGCACGAUGGCAUUACCGACGCGCCGCAGUGGAGAGCAGCGAGGGGACGAAGAGGGGUACUGGGAUGCGAUUGGGGACGAGGACGAGGGACCGCACCUGUUCUGGGUUCCGGCGCAUUUGCACCCAGAGAUUGCGCCGAGCGAGUUUCGUGCGUUUUUGAAGGAGCAUGCCCGGGCUGCCAGCGACGAGGGCAGCGGCAGCAAUGAAGGCAGCAGCCAGGAGGCAUCGAGCGAGGAGAGCGCCGAGGACAAGCCGCUGCCGUUCCCCGGACCGGCCCGGGCGCUGUCGACGGGCGUGACGCGCAAAAAGAGCAUGCUGAGCCGCCAGUACCGAGGCACACGACGACGACGACGAGCCCCAGCCGGUCAGACGCAGUCGCACCAGCAUAUACGGAGGUCCCCAGCUCACGAUCAACGACCUCCAGAAGAUCGACGAGCUCGCGCAGGAUGCCGAUCCCGCCAAGCUGCGCGCUGUCCUCCGCCGCAGUCUCUCGCUCAAUGUCGCCCCCUCGUUCCUCGACAAGGCCGACGCGUUGCCGGACAAUACCGACGAGGCAGACUCGCCCAUUAUCGUCCCCCGGCCGGGCCAGAUCCUGCGUCGUGCGGCCCGCACCAAGAUCCGCAAGCCGAAUCUGCCCGGCGAUGGGGGCGGACACCGCUUUGCAUCCACCCGUCGCGCCCAUCGCAGCAGCCAGUCGGGCUCUGCCAGCGCUACGUCCCCUCCACCCGACGACCACCGCUCCGAGUCCGACCACACCACCGAGUCCGAGCACCAUGUCCCCCUGCCGCACCCGCCCUUGCCCCCGACGACGACUGGCACUCGGACCGCCCCAUGAGCUACACGGACGAGAGCACUAUCUUCGAUGCCUAUGCGGACAGACGCGACAGCAUGACGUCUCUCACCUCGGACGAAGCACAUAACCAAAUAUCGGCUCUGCCGCUAGACUUGGCGCUUGGGAUUCCUGCCCCAGCUGUCACGCCUACCACCUCCCAGCCGAUGCUCGACCGUGCUCAAGAGGAGCCAGCCAGCCAGCUCGACUCGGAGCCUCUCGAGUCUGGGCACGCACACGAGCACGAGCGCGAACUUGAGGCUGCACCAGAACCAGAGCUGCACCAUCCCGCUCCCCAGCGACACCUCGUCGCGAUCGAACAACCCGUGCCGGAACGCACCCCGAGUCCCGGUCGCUCCCACUCGGCUUCUGCUUCUCCCGCCAGUUCCGAUCUCCAUCUCCCGCAAUCCCAACCCCAGUCCCAGUCCCAACCCGCUCCAGCGCCCCCUCGCAAAGAGAAAAAGGGCGGUCUCUUUGGCAUGGGCAAAAAGUCGAAAAAGGACAAGGACUCGGAAAAGGAAACCGGGUUCUUUGGUUCCCUCUUUGGCGGGAGCAAGUCCAAAAAGGCCGACGACUCGAACCACGGCUUUUCCGGUGGCCAGGCAGCCGCCGCCGCCCUCCUCGGCGCCUCCAAGUCCAAAUCCCCCGCCCCGCCCAACCAGCAGCAGCCCAACCAGCCUGUGAUCCAGCCGAGCGCCAACGGCACCUAUGCCCGCUACCCGAUCCACGUCGAGCGCGCCGUGUACCGCCUGUCCCACAUCAAACUCGCCAACCCGCGACGACCGCUCUACGAACAAGUCCUCAUCUCCAAUCUCAUGUUCUGGUACCUCGGCGUCAUUAACAAGCAGCAACAGGAGGAAAAGGAGCGUGCGGCCGAACGCGAGCGCGAGGAGCGCGAGCGAAAGGACAAGGAUAGGGACAGGGAAAAGGACGGAAAGGACGGAAAGGCGGGUGCAAAGGGUAAAGCCGCCAACGCCGGUGCACGCAAGGCCGAGAUGCCUGUUCGCGGUCCGCAGUAUGAGAUGCAGAAUCGUCAGAUGACGGAAGAGUACACACAGCAGCAGCAGCAGCAGCAACGACCGGCGAGCGCGCCUCCGACCGAUAGGCAGUACCACCUUCCUGCGCGACAACAGCAGCAGCAACAACCACAACAGCAGCGAGUGCACUCGAGUGGCGAUGCCGAAUUUGGAUAUAGUCCUAAAUCGAACGGGGGCCCACAGGGGUUACCCCCAGGUGCGAUGGCUCCGCAGGUCCCGCACUCGCCCACAUCGCCCACAUCAUCCCAAACAAAUCUAAUGAAUAAUACGUACACAGGUGGAGGAGGCCCCUACCCACCCAUGAAUCGCCCCAAAUCAGCCGGUAAAGGCAGCACGGGCAGUUUAGGAUCCAGAAAUCGACGCGAAGCGUCCGAGGACGACACGCCACUGAGUCAGCUGGGCGGAUCGCUGGGGAGAAGAGGCCGAUGA